UUUCCUCCUCUACCACAAUCUCAAUACAUGCACACUUGCACAACUCCUUCCUCAAAAAUGCCUGCACUACUCCAUCAAAAUUCACAACAAAACUCACUAAAUCAACCUAAAGCUUUCAUCCAAUCUAUACCCUUUUGGGUUAUGUUCUUAUCUAUUCUAAUAUUUAUCUUUAAAUACUACUUUUUCAAUGACUUGAAUGUCUCUCAUUCCAGUUUCUUGAGCACAACAAAAUUUUGGUUUCUUGUUUCCAACAUUAUAGUCCUCAUCAUCGCGCUUGAUUUUGGAGCUUUUUGUUCAUCUUCUAACGAUGGUCUCUACAAAGAUCAUCCGAAUGAUGAUAAUUACCGACAUGAACGGGAAAAUGAUCUCAAAUAUCACACCCCGGCCCUGAAAAUCGCAGAGACUGUGCACAAUGAACAAGUGAAAGAUAUUGUUGUUUACAAGGAAACCAAGUCAUCAACAUAUAACAAGGCAGAUCACCAGAUGAAACCUAUUAUGAUUUCUGAAAAAGACGAUAUUGUUCAUCAACUUGGUUCGAAAGUUGAUCACAAGGACGUCGAAAAAAAUGAUCAAGAAAAAAAGAAAGCACCACCAUGCCGACAUCUUAGUAUGUCGGAUGGAGAUGCAGCUGUUGCUCUAAAGGACCAUAAAGAGAAGAACACGAGUGUUCUUUAUCGUUCAAAGACGGAAAAUUUUGAUAUGAAUGCAGAAGAUAACGAGUUUUCAAGCAUGUCGAAUGAAGAACUCAAUAGAAGGGUGGAAGAGUUCAUUAAAAGAUGCAAUAGGCAGAUUCGAUUAGAGCCGUGAGAAGAAGAUUUUAAGAGGUUUAAGUAGUAAUCAGUAACUAUCUUUAAUAAUCUAGGAGGGUUGUAUCCAGAAAAUAGCUUUUGGUUCACUUACUUUUGUAAUUUUGUUCUUAUUAUCUGCUGUUUUUUUUAAUAAUAAUGUCAACGCAUGUAUAUGCAAAUAUGAGGUUGAGCAAUAAGAAUGGAAGCUGAAUAAGACUGCACCUCGGCUUUAUUUUUGCGAA